AUGGAGAGCAACCCAUCAUGUUUUCAUAGUCAAAGCGAUCUUAGUUAUGAUGCAGUUGUUAUUGGGUCUGGAUAUGGAGGUUCAGUUGCUGCAUGCCGGAUGUCAAUGGCUGGUCUCAAAGUUUGUUUGUUAGAGAAAGGGAGAAAAUGGGAAGCUCAUGAUUUCCCCGCCAACACCAUUGAGAUGCUCUCAGCUGUAAGGAUGGAGAACAGGAAUCUAGGACUCAGCUUUGGUUCCAGAAAUGCUCUUUAUCAGAUAUACGUCCAAGAUGAUUCUCUGGCAGCCAUGGCUUGUGGGCUUGGUGGAGGUUCCUUAGUGAAUGCAGGAGUAAUGAUGCCCGCCCCACCACGUGCGAAGAGGAAUCCGAAAUGGCCAAAAGAAUGGGAAAAAGACUGGGAGGCCUGUGAAGCUUCUGCUUCACAAAUGCUCAGGAUGCAGAAUGUUCCCAUCAAUUUCCCAAAUGCCAAAAUCAUGGAGAGUGCUGUAUCAGAGGACUUGGGCUUAACGAGCCAAAUUCCGGUGAAGCUGAGUGUGAACUUUGGAACUGAAGUUCAGUCAUAUGAAUCAAAGAAUUCCCAGCAGAAGAUGGACAACUGCCAGGCAUGUGGGAAUUGUUUGUCCGGAUGUCCUUAUAAUGCAAAAAAUUCUGCAGAUAAAACUUAUUUGGUCUCAGCUAUCCAGGCAGGAUGUGACAUGAGAACCGAAUGUGAGGUUCAAUACAUUGUAAGAAAUCCAGAUGACACUUGUGAAGCUGAAGAAGAAUUAAGCAGAAGAAAAAAACGCCGGUGGCUUGUUUUUCUUAAUGAAUUUGACUAUAUACAGUCUGAUUUUGUCGUUCUCUCAGCUGGAGUUUUUGGGACGACAAAGAUACUUUUUCAAUCACAAAUGAGAGGCUUGGUACUUUCCCAGAAGCUAGGUUCUGGCUGGAGCUGCAAUGGUAAUAAUGUUGCUUUUCUUGCUAGAAAUAGAGCACCUUUGAAUGGAUAUGGAUUAGAGAGAAACAACUUGUCUGAUGUUCCUUUUCAAGAGCGUCCAGGACCAUCCAUUUCAUCAUCGUACAUUUCGUCAUUGGGCUUCACGAUUCAGAGUGCAGUUAUUCCUAAGAUUUUCCCUGUGCUGAUUUUUAAAGGAAUUGCAACUUAUGGAUGGCCAAGUGGCAAUGGUUUCUUAAAUGAAAUACGAUACAGGUUUAAGCAUCUCUUUAGUGUUAACGACCAGGAUAUGGUUUUGAAUGUGAUGGGAUAUGAUGAUGGCAAUGGAAAACUUACAUUUCAAAAAGAAACAAAUGAGAUAAGGUUUCAGCCAGCCACUGACCCUUUAUUGCCAAAAAAAAUUGGAACAUUUCAGAAGCUCGCAAAGAAGUUAGGAGGAAUACUUUUCAUGUCAAGGUACAGAAGCACAUCUGUGCAUCUACUUGGGGGAUGUUCUGCUUCAUCAGAUGCUUUGUCUGGGGUUUGUAACCACAAUGGACAGAUUUUCGACACAAGAAGUCCAACAUCUGUGCACCCUGGCCUGUAUGUCUGUGAUGCAUCAUUAAUACCUUGUUCUGUUGGUGUAAAUCCAUCUCUUACUAUCGUUACAGUUGCUGAGCAUGUAAGUAAGAAACUUGUGAAUGAUGCCCUUGAUUUGAAAAGCAAAGAUGCAAACUUUGUAAAUAGAAAGUUUUAUGAGAAGCUAGAUGCAAAUUAUCCUGGGAUGCUGCAGAAAAAAAGUGGUUCAGCAGUGUAUUUUAAAGAAACUCUGCAUGGGGAAGUGGGUGGUCUGCCAUGCAUAGCUUACCUGAAAGUUAAAUUGGAUUCAAGAACUUUUGACAAUAGGAACAUAAAAGAGGGGAACUUGCGUUCAUUUCUAGUUGGAAAAGUCAGUGGAUACAUCAUAUGUAAAGCUGUUGAAAUGGACUGGCUGCAUGUAAUAGAUGGAGAAGUUGACUUGUGCCAAGUGGAUUGUAAAACUCCUUAUACUCAGUACAUGCACUAUCAUCUCCUCCUUGCUUCAUCUUCUGGUUCAAGAUACAUAGCUGAAGGGAAGAAAAUAAUGAAUCCUUUCUUCUCAGCACUUUAUGCUUGGAGGGAGUCAACAACACUUCAUGUAGAAUUCAGAAAAAUCACAAAAAGUGAUUCCGGGGAAGUCCUAAAAGGGAAACUGCAUGUUUCAUUGUUUGACCUCCUAGCAACUCUAAUAAGUCUCCGAGGAAGGCAGAAGCUGGAAUUUUUGUCUGCGCUACUACAGUCUCUCUUCAGGACGUAUAUUUCACAGGUACCAAGAGGAUGUCAUGAGGUUUUCUCUGCUGCAGACUUGUACCACUUUUCGUAUCCCAUUGACACGCUUCAUGAGAUAGAAACAGAAGAUGGCACUAGAAUCAAAUGUCGACAGUGGAAGUGCAAUUCUGGAUCAGAGAGGCAUGAGGGAGGGAUAAAACCAUUUCCUGUUCUCCUCAUAAAUGGUUAUUCAACUGAAAGUUAUUGCUUGCCAACUGAAAAGACAGAUUUGAUCAGAACACUCCUGCAAGAGGGGCAUGAAACUUGGCUACUGCAAUCAAGAUUGCACCCAUUAGCUUCUUCAAAAAAUGCAUCCAUAGAAGAUAUUGGAAAAUUUGAUGUGCCUGCAGCAAUCAGAAAAAUCAUUGAGUUGCAUGGGAUUUGGACCAAAGUACAUGUUGUUGCUCAUUGUGUUGGAGGUCUAGCAAUGCACAUUGCACUAAUGGGAGGAUAUGUCUCUUGCAAGAGAAUAGCCUCUAUUUCUUGCACCAAUUCUUCCAUGUUUUUCAAGUUGACAUUCUGGUCAAGAGUGAAAUUAUGGCUCCCUCUCAUCCCAAUUUCAAUGGAAAUACUUGGCAAAGACAAGUCAGUUCCUCUGUUCCAAACAUACAAGGCUAGCACACGUCAGAAACUCCUGAAGUCAAUAGCACGCGUAAUUCCGCGCUAUGAAAGGUGCACUUGUGAUGAAUGUGAAGUGUUCUCAGGCAUUUUCGGUAAUACAUUUUGGCACCAAAAUGUUGGCAACAAAAUGCACUAUUGGUUGAACAAGGAAAGCCUGCCAUGCCUUCCCAUGUCGGCAUUUCAUCACCUUAGGAAAAUUUGUAAUGCAGGCUUCAUAGUAGACUCAAAUGGAAAGAAUACUUACUUGAUUCAUCCAGAGAGGAUGGCACUUCCGACGCUGUAUUUGUCGGGUGGACGCACUCUUCUUGUGACUCCUCAAACUUCUUUCCUAGCUAACAAAUUCAUGAGACUCCACCAGCCUGGAUUUAGGCAUGAAAGAGUGGUGAUAGAUGGUUUUGGGCACUCAGAUCUUUUGAUUGGUGAAGAAUCGUCUAAACAGGUCUUUCCUCACAUCUUAUCUCAUGUUGCAUUGGCAGAAAAAGAAACUGGAAUUUCGUUAAACAUCUUGGAAAAGAAGUACAACAAAGAUGCCUUGUCCUGGGCUCAAGACCCAUAUCAGGAUCCAGAAGGAAGAUUAUUUAGUAUAUUUUCCCUCAUGAUCAAUGUGUUUACUUUUUUCUGUUUUUCAGUUUUGGUUGUUAUGUUGGUGGAUCUUCUUCCUUUCUGAUAACUACUCAAGAAAUCCUGUGCAGUGGGGUGCAUUACAAAAUUGCGCAUCCUUUUCUUGAAUGCAGAAUCCAAUGAUCAGUUUGUGCA